GAGGAGAGGUUGACGUGGAAGUGAAGCAAGAGGAGGAGGAUGAAGAUGAAGAGCCCGGCUACAUCCAGUCUGGGCGGCGGUACAGGUGCCUGACCUGUAGCAAAACUUUCCCUAGCGUGCCACGGGUGUUGCGUCAUUUAAAGUCCCACGCGGCUGGUACUGUGGAUGGCAUAGCUACCAAACUUGCUUGUCCUAAUUGUAGGAAGGAGUUUCCUGACCGGGCUCAACUUCGCAAGCACCAGCUCAGCCACCAAACAGAGCGCCCAUACCAAUGCCAGCUUUGUGCCAAGGCUUACAAAACUGCCCCCGAGCUGCGGAAUCACGGGCGUAGCCACAGUGGCGAAAAACCCUUUGUUUGCCACGAGUGCGGCAAAGCGUUCAUGCAGCCUGUUUGUCUGCGAGUCCACAUGGCCCGGCACACUGGAGACCUGCCCUUCCGCUGCCAGCAAUGCCAUAAGGGCUACGGCACUCUUUCCAAGCUGAAGAUCCACCAGCGUUCUCAUACGGGCGAGAAGCCAUACUCCUGCGGUGAAUGCAGCAAGCGCUUCGCUGAUCCCUCGGUGUUCCGGAAGCACCGCCGGACGCAUGCUGGCCUCCGCCCCUACCAAUGUGAGGUUUGCCGCAAGACAUACGCUGAGUUGAAGGAUCUCAAGAACCACGAGCGCUCUCAUACCGGCGAACGCCCCUUCUUGUGCCAGGAUUGUGGGAAGGCCUUUUCCCGGUCCUCAUCGCUAGCUUGUCACCAGCGCAUCCAUGCAGCCCACAAGCCCUACCGUUGCAACCUCUGUGGGAAAGGCUUCACCCAGCUGUCCUCCUUCCAGAGCCACCAGCGCACUCACUCUGGCGAGAAGCCCUUUCUUUGCCCGCAGUGCGGCCGCAUGUUCAGUGAUCCCUCCAGUUUUCGCAGGCAUCAGAGAGCCCACCAGGGCCUCAAGCCCUAUGCCUGUGACAAAUGUGGGAAAGCUUUCCGCCAACCAGCCGACCUGGCCAUGCACCAGCGCAUCCACACGGGUGAGAGGCCCCACAAGUGCUCGCAGUGCGACAAGAGCUUCGUGGCUUCAUGGGACCUCAAGCGCCACCUGCUGGUGCACUCCGGCCAGCGCCCUCACCAGUGUGGCGAGUGCGGCAAGAGCUUUGCUGAGCGGGCCAGCCUCACCAAACACUACCGUGUUCACUCAGGCGAGCGGCCGUUUAAGUGCGGCCGCUGCGGCAAAGCCUUUGUGGUGUCGUCCAGCCUCCGGAAGCAUGAACGCACCCACGGCAACGAGAACAGCGAGGACAAGGUCGCCCCCACGGGCAACCAGGACCCGUUCCUCAAUGAUCCAUCGGCCAUUGUGGUUGCCACCGUGGUGCCCGCCUGUGGAGAGUGUGGGGAGGUCUUUGCCUCCACCCAGGAACUACGGCGCCAUGAACGCCUGCUGCAUCCUGGCCUGCGCCCGUUUCCGUGUCCAGAAUGUGGCAAAGGCUUCUCGGACCGGGCCGGUCUGCGUAAACACGAGCGGAUCCACUCGGGAGUCCGCCCCCAUGCCUGUCCCCACUGUUCUAAAGCUUUCCUAGGUGCCUCAGACCUGCGCAAGCACCUCAAGACCCAUGUGUCCCUAGAGAACAGGAGCAGCGAGGACACCAUGGUGACUGCCACCAUCAUGACCUACGAAUCCCUCCUCCCUGCUCAGCUCCAUCCCCAUGACGAUGGGACAGAGACUGACAAGGACACUCCUUCGGACUGCUUGCCUGACCCCCUCACGGAACCCUCGUAAGCUCCGCCUUCCUUCCCACCUUUGCCCUGCCUGCGAUUGGGCAAAAAGAAGCCAGCUCAGUUGCUAUAAAGCUCUCUGCGUACUUUGAUGAUUGCCCAGCCUUGCCUCGUGGAUGUGAUAUGUGGACCGCGCUCUUUCAGCGCCCUCCCAUCCAGCAUGCCUCUCCAGCAUUUCUUUCCAAGUAGGGCUUGAUGUGCUUCAUCACUGGCUGUGUGUGGCUGCCUUUCCUCCCACCCUCCAUUGUUGCCCACACCAGAUGUUCACUUGCCUGACCGGGAAAUUAAAUGUGCCUGGUGUGUCUGUGUUUGUUUGUUUGUGUGAGCGAGAGAGAAACCAGACACUUUGGUCAGCAAAAGGAGCCUGACAUCUUGUGAGACUACAUGUCUGUGCGUGAGGAGUUGCAUUUUUUUUUAUUGUUUGCGGGGUGAUGUGCAUUCAUCUUAUGAGGUGUUUCUGCAACCCUUGUGAACUGGUGUUUUUCUAGAAAAAGAAAAUAACCUCCAGGACAUUUUUUAAGGGCAAGAACAAUUAAAUUUAGAAAAUUAAGGGAGGAAGCAAAGUACCAUUAUUCUUUUCUUCCUGGAGAGUUUUUUAACUUAUCCGGGGGUUUCCUUGCUUGUAAGAAAAGAUUAAAAUAAAUGGCUUGCUUUUUUUUUUUUUAAGGGGAAAAUUGACUUGGAUUGCAUGUGGGAGGUGCAAAUUUUUUUAGUGGGGGGGUGGGUGGCACAACCCUUAUAUUAUCCUUAUCUCACCUAUAGGAAUUUAUCUUGCCUAUUGAAUUUCAUUUCAAGUUUUAUUUUAUUCCUGUAUUUAUUAUAUCUAUUUACCAUUGCUAUCAAAAGCCUCUCAGCAAUAAAGGCUCUUUGACUGCUAA